AUGGAGAGAGUCCAUGAAGGAGAAGAUGGAGGUGGUGGUGAUGAUGAUGUGGGAUUUUCGGAGAAAUUUUCAUAUAUAAUGUUGGAGAUAUACCAAGUCGAGCUACUAAGAGAGUCCAAUAAGAAGAAGAUGGAGGUGAUGGUGAUGAUGAUGAGGGAUUCUUAG